CCUUCCCCCUCGACCCCCGUCCCCCGGGGCCCAGAGGGGGAAGAGGUUGCGGUCUCGAUAGAGCACGGGGGUGACCAGGACCAAGAGCCCCCCGCGACCCCCCUCCCUCGCCCGCCCCCUCGCCAGCGCUGCCCGGGAGCGCGGAGUUCGCUCCGAGCGACCUGGAGCGCUGCGCUGCCAUACAAAGGCUCCGGCUGGGCCGGGGCGGAACUGAACGGACCGGGGCAGCUCGGGAGCGGCGGGAGUGCCGCUUGGUUUUCUCUGAGACGAACCCACCCGCCCAGCAAAAUAGAGUCCCUCAGGGUGACAGUUGACUUCUUGAAGGUGCCUCUUGGCCUGAAGAAGCCAGAGCUCAAGGAAGUGGCCUUGGGGCCCCCAAGGAGGCCCCAGCCCACGGCCCUGGAGCGCUACAAGGCAAGGCGCUCUGAGGCCAUGGACACCGAGUCCCAGUACUCUGGCUACUCCUACAAGUCUGGCCACUCCCGAAGCUCCCGGAAGCAUAGAGACCGGCGGGACAGACACCGUUCCAAGAGCAGGGAUGGAAGCCGAGGAGACAAAUCAGUUACAAUACAAGCACCAGGGGAGCCCCUGCUGGACAAUGAAUCAACCAGAGGGGAUGAACGGGAUGAUAACUGGGGUGAGACAACUACAGUGGUGACAGGCACCUCGGAACACAGCAUCUCCCACGAUGACCUCACACGCAUUGCCAAGGACAUGGAGGACAGCGUCCCCCUGGACUGCUCCCGUCACCUGGGGGUUGUGGCUGGGGCUACCCUGGCGCUGCUCUCCUUCCUCACCCCGCUGGCCUUCCUCCUGCUGCCCCCGCUCCUGUGGCGGGAAGAGCUGGAGCCGUGUGGGGCGGCGUGCGAGGGACUCUUCAUCUCAGUGGCCUUCAAGCUGCUCAUCCUGCUGCUGGGCAGCUGGGCCUUGUUUUUCCGCCGGCCCAAGGCUUCGCUGCCCCGUGUCUUCGUGCUGCGCGCCUUACUCAUGGUGCUCGUCUUUCUGCUCGUGGUCUCCUACUGGCUCUUCUACGGGGUUAGAAUUUUGGAGGCGAGGGAGCGCAGCUAUCAGGGUGUGGUGCAGUUUGCCGUUUCCCUGGUGGAUGCCCUGCUCUUUGUGCACUACCUCGCCGUGGUCCUGUUGGAGUUGCGCCAGCUGCAGCCUCAGUUCACUCUGAAAGUCGUGCGCUCCACCGAUGGGGCCAGUCGCUUCUACAACGUUGGCCACCUCAGCAUCCAGCGUGUGGCAGUGUGGAUCCUGGAGAAGUAUUACCAUGAUUUCCCCGUCUACAACCCUGCCCUCCUCAACCUGCCCAAGUCCGUCCUGGCCAAGAAAGUGUCCGGCUUCAAGGUGUACUCCCUCGGAGAGGAGAACAGCACCAACAAUUCCACUGGACAGUCUCGGGCAGUGAUUGCAGCAGCAGCUCGGAGGCGGGACAACAGCCACAAUGAGUAUUAUUAUGAAGAGGCAGAGCAUGAGCGGAGGGUGCGCAAACGUAGAGCCAGACUGGUGGUAGCAGUGGAAGAGGCCUUCACACACAUCAAGAGGCUACAGGAAGAGGAACAAAAGAACCCAAGGGAGGUGAUGGAUCCAAGAGAGGCUGCCCAAGCUAUUUUUGCCUCCAUGGCACGAGCCAUGCAGAAGUACCUACGCACUACCAAGCAGCAGCCCUACCACACCAUGGAGAGCAUCCUGCAGCAUCUAGAGUUCUGUAUCACUCAUGACAUGACACCCAAGGCCUUUCUGGAGCGGUACCUGGCAGCUGGCCCCACCAUCCAGUACCACAAGGAGCGCUGGCUGGCUAAACAGUGGACACUGGUGAGCGAAGAGCCAGUGACCAAUGGGCUCAAAGAUGGCAUUGUGUUUCUCCUCAAACGCCAGGACUUCAGCCUGGUGGUCAGCACCAAGAAGGUCCCGUUCUUCAAGCUGUCCGAGGAGUUUGUGGACCCAAAAUCGCACAAGUUUGUCAUGAGGUUGCAGUCUGAGACCUCUGUGUAACUGUGCAACAGAAUGGGGCGAGGUGGGAGGUGGGGUGGAGGGCUGCAGGAGACUCCUGGGGGCAAUGGGAGGGGGCUUGAAGUGUUGCCUCAGCCAGUUCUGCUUCCGUCCCUUCUGCCUCCAACUCUGUUUUUUACUUGAAUUCCUAACUUACUCUCCACUCCCACUCUAUCCUCUCCCUCUCCUCCCUUCCCUGUCCCAUGUGAAUGGGGAAAGACCACCCUGAGAUGGGGGCAGCAAGUAGAGUGAUAUCCAUCCUGGUUUUCCCAUUCCUUUCAACUUCAAGCCCUGUGGGAAUAGAUUCCUCUCCUCUCCUUUUUUCCUCUUCUCUCUUCUUCUCUCCUGUUCUCUCCUCUCCAAGACAGUCUCUGCUGACCAGGGACAUGGCCCUUCUGUCCCCUUCUCUUUCUUCUCCACCCUUCUUCCUCUUUCUCCAUCUAGGUUAUUGUAGCAGUUCUCUUCAGCAGCCUCCUGGAAGUGCUUCUC